GCCUGGCCGCGCCGCGGUGCGCAGGCGCAGCCGACGGUGGGUCGGGGCUUCGGUCGACUGAGAGGUCUGAGCAGGCAGCGUCACCUCAAUAGCCUCAAGAUGGACAACAGGAAGCGCCUGGCGUAUGCCAUCAUCCAGUUCCUACAUGGCCAGCUGCGGCAUGGCGGGCUCUCGCCUGAUGCCCAGGAGAGCCUAGAGGUUGCCAUCCAGUGUCUGGAGACAGCCUUUGGGGUGACAAUGGAGGACAGUGACCUAGCUCUCCCCCAGACCCUGCCAGAGAUAUUUGAAGCAGCUGCUGCCAGCAAGCAGGAGACGCCACAGGACCCGAGGGACCCUGACAGGACACCACCCUCUGAGGAGGACUCCGCUGAGGCAGAGCGCCUCAAAACUGAAGGUAACGAGCAGAUGAAGCUGGAGAACUUUGAGGCAGCCGUGCACCUCUACGGCAAAGCCAUUGAUCUCAACCCCUCCAAUGCCGUCUACUUCUGUAACAGAGCUGCAGCCUACAGCAAGCUGGGGAACUAUGUGGGGGCCGUACAGGACUGCGAACGUGCUAUCGGCAUCGACCCAGGCUACAGCAAAGCCUAUGGCCGCAUGGGCCUUGCGCUCUCCAGCCUGAACAAACACGCCGAGGCCGUGGCUUACUAUAAGAAGGCCCUGGAGCUGGACCCUGAGAAUGACACAUACAAGUCCAACCUCAAGAUCGCGGAGCUGAAGCUGCGGGAGGCGCCGAGUCCCACGGGAGGCGUGGGCAGCCUGGACAUUGCCGGUCUGCUGAACAACCCGCACUUCAUCACCAUGGCUUCCAGCUUAAUGAACAGUCCCCAGCUACAGCAGCUGAUGUCAGGCAUGAUCUCUGGUGGCCAUAACCCCUUGGGCACCCCGGGCAGCAGUUCAUCGCAGAGUGACUUGGCCAGCCUCAUCCAGGCGGGCCAGCAAUUUGCACAGCAGAUGCAGCAGCAGAACCCAGAGUUUGUGGAGCAGAUCCGGAGCCAGGUGGUGCGCAGCCGGACACCCAGCGCCAGCCACGAGGAGCAGCAAGAGUGAAGCUCAUCUGUGUGGUGAUCCCAUCGCUCCUCGGCCUCCUGGUGUUUUAGCAUUUCCUCCGUCAGGCUGUCCAAGAGAGAGAGACUGGACCUGCAUGUUAAGACGGACUCGCCCCCUGUGUUUCUCUUCAUUCCCAAUCCCCCACUUCCGUUUUUUGUAUUCUUUCCGCCCCCAUCCCUUUCCGGAAGAGUCAACCGGACAGCCACACACCAGCACCCUCUCCUUCAGCACCUAGGGAAGCUGCUGAGGGUGCAGGGCAGCAUGGGAGCCACGGGUGUGUUCUGGGCCCUUGGGUCCCAAGCCCUACCCUGCCUGGUUUAAAGGGACUUGAAUGGUUGACUCUCAGCCCCCUGGGAAGCGUCCACUGCCAGCCCCAGCCAGGUGCCAGCGUUCUGUGCCCACACUUGGGUUGCAGGUCCCAACAGGUGCCCCUGCCUGACUUAUCUGAGUGGCCUGUGCCACACAGACGAGAUCUGUGACGUUUGCCCCACUUGCGGACUGUCCAUGUCUCCUCUUCACAGCCAUUAGCAGUCCUGCUCCAUCCUCAGCCCGGACAGAAGACAUGGGCAUCCUGCCCCGUCUGUGCCCUCCUGUCCUCCAUCUCAUGGGAAUUCAGUGUCUCGGGUUGGUGGGCAGUCUGGGGGUGUUGGUCCCGUGCCAUGUGAUGAGCCCUGAAACAGCCACCAGAACCAUUUUUGUUCAGGGGCAGUCUGUACAGUGAGUGAGGCCAUGUAGCUGUCCCCACCCCCCGCUCUCAGCUCCAGGAGCGGGAGGCAAGAUCACAGGACAGCCGAACCAGCAGUAGUGUCAGCUGUGUGUGUUGUAGGUAGCCAGUAGGAAGAUGGGCCCUGUGGCCAGUGCCGUCCACUUGCAGGCCGCAGCAGGGCCCACCUGGGCACAGAACUCCUGGGUAAUAAAGAGACAAGGGUGAUA